AUGAGUGAUACCAAAGGGACAGGUGAGUUUACUCUAUUCUAUUGUGAAAUAAAUAAUUCCAUUCAUAUAUUCAAAAUUACUGAACUGAAAGAAAUUGAUAAGUCAUCACUGGCAAGUGAUGUUUUCCAAGAUGAUACUGAAAAGACUGAGUACACUUUACCUCUUGGAAUUGACUUGGACAAACAGAUUGCUGGGUUUGAGAAAUUGAGCGAAACAGUCAACACAAAUUCAACUUUUUUCGAAAGGCUUAGAAAUUUAGAGUUUGUUGUAAAUUUUAGGGAUACGAAGACGUUGGUAAUUGUUCUAGGAGCUUUUGCAUCAGCAGCAGGUCUUUUAUCAGGACUAGACCAAUCGAUUAUAAGUGGGGCAUCGAUAGGGAUGCGAAAAUCUCUUCACCUUAAUUCUCAUGAAGAUUCCUUAGUUUCAAGUUUGAUGCCGUUGGGAGCAACAGCCGGCUCUAUUAUGAUGACUCCAUUAAACGAAUAUGCUGGUAGGAAAAAAAGUAUUAUUAUUUCGUGUCUAUGGUACACCUUGGGAGCGGCACUUUGUGCAGGUUCGCAUUCUCACCAGAUGAUGUACGCCGGAAGAUUUAUUCUAGGAAUAGGCGUUGGAAUUGAAGGUGGGUGUGUUGGUAUAUAUAUAGCAGAAUCAGUGCCACCCUCGGUCAGGGGGAGUCUAGUGUCCUUAUAUCAAUUCAAUAUUGCACUAGGGGAAGUUUUGGGCUAUGCUGUGGCUGCAAUAUUUUACGAAGUUGAUGGUGGUUGGAGAUUUAUGGUUGGAUCGUCAUUAGUCUUUUCAACCUUAUUAUUGAUAGGUUGUUUAUUUCUCCCUGAGUCUCCUCGUUACUUGGUCUAUAAGCAAAAAAUUGGCGAAGCCUUUUCGGUUUGGAAGAGACUCAGAGACCUUGAGGUUGUUGAUAAUAAGAUUGAAUUCAUAGAAAUGGUUCAAGUAGUUGAGCAAGAAUUGGAUCGUAAAAGAGAAGAAACGAGGAUACAAGUCUGGUUAGAUUUGAUAUCGGUUCCACGUAAUCGUCGUGCCUUAAUCUACGCCGUUUUGAUGGUAGCGUUGGGUCAGCUAACAGGAGUUAAUGCUGUAAUGUAUUAUAUGUCUACUUUAAUGUCAAGAAUUGGGUUUGAUGAGAAAAAGUCGGUAUUUAUGUCUUUAGUUGGUGGUGGAUCAUUGCUAAUAGGAACAAUUCCAGCUGUAUUUUGGAUGGACAAAUUUGGCAGACGUAAAUGGGGUUUAAAUAUUGUAGGUUUCUUUGUUGGAUUGGUACUAAUGGGUAUCGGCUAUGAAAUUAAUUUACAAAGGAACCUUGCAGCAGCAGAAGGUGUUUAUCUUUCUGGUCUUAUAUUAUACAUGGCAUUUUUUGGCUCUUAUGCUUGCUUGCAAUGGGUUUGUCCCUCUGAAUCUUUUGCCGUGAGAACAAGAACAAUUGGUAUGUCAAUCUGUUCAGCGUUUCUUUAUCUAUGGUCAUUCACAGUGACUUAUAACUUCACGAAAAUGCAAAGCGCUAUGACUUCCACAGGAUUAGUUUUGGGUUUUUACGGUGGGAUUGCAUUUAUAGGAUUUUUUUACCAGAUUUUAUAUAUGCCCGAAACAAAGGAUAAAACCUUGGAAGAGAUUGAUGAUUUAUUUUCUAUGCCAUCUUGGGAAUUAGCGAGGCUCAACAUAAAGUCCAUGAAAAAAUUUUGGGGUUUAUCUUAA